GCCCCACCCGUUUCACACUCGUACAAGUCGCUGCAUAAAAACUUCACUGAUCCAACGCUGUGAACUGAACCAAGAAUGCGCGGAGGCUGUGCCUUGAAAUCACAGUGAGAACCAGCACGCUAGUUGGUUUCUGGUUGUAUAGUUGUUUUUUUUUUAACUUUUUGUUUGUGAAGUGAUGACACUGGAGCUGUCGGCAGGACUAUAAGCGACCACGACAUCCUCGAGAUGGAGUCCGACAUGGAGGGGGAUAUAGAGCUGGGCAUGAUAGAGGAGGAAGUUGUAUACCCAGAGGAGUUUUUACCAACUUAUCACUCUAUCAAAGAAGGAGGAAAUGUAAUUAAAGCACAAGAGGUAGAGUUUAAUGACAAACCAGACUCCCUGUUCUUCAAUGAUGGUGUAAGGAGGAUUGACUUUGUCCUGGCGUAUGAAGAUGAGGACAAGAAGGAGUAUGAGAAGAGGCAUGUCUUCCAGAGACGCAAGAACCGGCGAGAAUGCUUUGAGGACAACCUGAUGAAGAUGGGCAUGGAGUUGGAGGCCACACAAUCUGUUUUAGAUGAAAAACUCGUGUUUUUGAAAGUUCACAUGCCAUGGGAUGUGCUGUGCACCUAUGCCGAGGUCCUGCAUAUCAAGCUUCCCAUACAGUCCAACGACAUGUCGGCCCGCCCCUCCCCGUGGCGCUUUUUCUCCUGCAUCACCAAGCACUUCUAUCCCGAUGAGAAACUGAUCAGUAAGGAGUCCGAGUUCUUCACCGCCCCCUUUGAGAAGAAUCGACAAGAUCUCUUCUGUAUCAAGGACAAAGAUCACUUCUUCACUCCAUCGAUGAGGAGCAGGAUGGCGUAUUACAUCCUGAGCCGAGCCCCCUAUGAAAUACGAGGAAACAUAAAGAAGUUUGGCAUCACCAAACUGCUGGACGGUGGAGUUUACAAAGCGGCCUAUCCCAUCCACGAUUGUCGGUUCAAUGUCAAGUCCCAAGAACCAGAGUGUCCCAAUGAAAGAUACCUGCUCUAUGAAGAAUGGGCUCAUCCCAAAAGCUUCUACAAGAUGCAACCGCUUGACCUCAUACGGCACUACUAUGGUGAGAAGAUUGGCAUCUACUUUGCCUGGUUGGGUUUCUACACGAGAAUGCUCACUUGGGCUGCUGUUGUUGGGAUCGGCUGUUUCAUCUACGGGUACUAUACCCGGGACACCAGCACCUGGAGCAAAGAAGUGUGCGACCCUGAUAUUGGGGGAAAAAUAGUCAUGUGUCCACAGUGUGACACGUGCCAAUACUGGACAUUAAACAGCACCUGUAACACUUCGAAAAAUCUUUGCAUAUUUGAUAACUUUGGAACGUUAGUGUUUGCAGUUUUCAUGUCAGUCUGGGUGACUUUGUUCCUAGAGUUCUGGAAGCGCUACCAGGCAGAGCUGGAGUACGAGUGGGACACUGUGGAGUUCCUGGAACAGGAAGAGCCACCUCGCCCAGAAUAUGAAGCCAAAUGUAUCCAUGAGAGGAAAAACCCCAUUACAGGGGUGAAGGAAAGCGUGCCAUACACAGCCUGUGGACGAUGUGUCCGUGUGUCGAUAGGAAUGACAACAGUCAUAUUCUGGAUAAUGUUGAUCCUGGCAUCUGUUGUGGCCAUCACUGUAUACCGCCUGGCUGUCUUCUUUACUUUUUCUCGUGAACUGAGGUAUACAAACUUGACAAUUGCUGAGCCAAUAAAGGAGUAUGUGACACCUCAGAUGGCCACUUCUGUCACAGCAUCACUGAUUAGCUUUGUUGUAAUCAUGAUCCUCAAUACUCUAUAUGAGCGGGUCGCCAUCUGGAUCACAGACUUCGAGCUUCCACGAACCAAGACGGACUAUGAGAACAGCUUGACUCUGAAGAUGUUCCUCUUUCAAUUUGUCAACUAUUACUCCUCAUGUUUCUACAUCGCCUUUGCAAAGGGGAAAGCAGUUGGCUAUCCAGGAAAGCCUGUUUAUCUUUUGGGAAAAUACAGAAAUGAGGAGUGUGAUCCGGGUGGUUGUUUGAUCGAGCUGACGACUCAGCUGGCAAUCAUCAUGGGUGGAAAAGCCAUCUGGAACAACAUCCAAGAGGUCUUGAUACCGUGGUUGAAGAAUUUAAUUUAUCGCCGCUGCGCCCAUGUGACAACGGAGAAAGUGAUUCCUCGCUGGGAGCAGGACUACCAGCUCCAACCCAGCUCAAAAUUAGGACUGUUCUAUGAAUACCUUGAGAUGGUCAUCCAAUUUGGCUUUGUGACCCUGUUUGUGGCCUCCUUCCCUCUGGCUCCGGCCCUGGCGCUGCUCAACAAUAUAAUAGAAAUUCGGGUUGAUGCUUGGAAACUCACCACUCAGUUUCGCCGUGCUGUGCCAGAGAAGGCACAGCACAUAGGAGCCUGGCAGCCCAUUCUUCAAGGCAUCACUAUCCUGGCUGUGGUAACAAAUGCCAUGAUCAUUGCUUUCACGUCGGACAUGAUCCCACGGCUGGUCUACUACUGGUCUUUCUCAGUGUACCCCUACGGAAAUAAUACUGAAAACACCAUGAAGGGCUACAUCAACAGCUCGCUGUCGGUAUUCAGUACCAACGAUUUUCAAACAGUUGAUGAUGACUAUAUCCACACGCCUCCCAACCUAACCACUUGCAGGUAUCGAGAUUAUCGGUUUCCCCCCGGGCACCCCAAACAGUACGAAUACAACAUGUUCUACUGGCAUGUGAUCGCUGCCAAAAUGGCUUUUAUAAUUGUUGUAGAGCACAUCGUUUAUUUUACCAAGUUCAUCCUGGCCUACAUAAUCCCUGACGUCCCGUAUGCUGUUAAAGAACAAAUCAAACGGGAAAAAUACCUGACCCAGGUGAUCCUCCACGAGACCAACCUGAAGCUGGUGUCCAAACGUUUAAAGGCAACUGAAACUGAAACUGAAAGCUGAGCAUUUACAAAAGAGGGACUUGGAGGUGGAUGAAAACGGAUUGGACACAAAAGCAGAACCUUUUAAGUGUGUCACAAGAAGAGUGUUCUUUCUCUGUAUUCAAUUCAAUUUUAUUUAUACAGCACCAAA